AUGGGCUUCAGUUUAGAAGACGAUUUUGUAGCUGAAGAUGCACCAACUGUUGCUAAGAAAUCUUUCCUUCAUGGCGAAGACAAAAAUCACCAGAUCUACUCGAAAAAAACCAAUUCGUCGAUCCUCUGCAACAAGGCCACUAUUGAAAAUUCCUGUCAGGUAAUUUCGGCUUCCUUUCGGCUCGUGAGUGGCGGGGUCAUCGGACGGUCAACUUCAGCCAAGGGCGGUGGGAGCUCGCGCGAUUUGUCGGGAACUAGCGGCGGAGGUCGAACAUUGACGGAGGUUGCACAAGGCGGCGUGACGAGACGAAGGGUGUCCUCGCUUUCGACCGGCAGUGUUCGCUUGACUCGGAGACGAGCAACUACGGCCGUGGGCUCGUCUCGGGAAGGCGGAGUCACAAUAGCCGACGACAAUCCUACUUAUCGCCGUCGUCGUGUUCCAGUACUUGAACGACGUGAAGUUCGGGUUCCUCACCAAGACGUUGGUGCAGAGUGUUAUGUUGGACACUGGCCGCGGGUUGGUGGUGCCGGUGAGAUCCCGGAUCACCGAAGCUCGGAUCCUGAACACCGUGAUGGCAAGGGUGGCGAUGGAUGCGACCAUGAUGACUAG